CUCUUAUUUUGCCGCGUGUUUGUGCAGCGGAAGCGGAAGCGGCGCCCUGACCGUGUCGGUUUCUCCUGAGCGACGAUGGCGGAUUUUUAUCAAGAGCAGGAAGAUUUUCUGCGCGAGAGGCACGUGCGUUUCUUCCAGCGCUGCCUGAACGUGCUGCCCGAGAGAUACGCGCCAUACGAGACCAGCAGGCUCACGAUCGUGUUCUUUGCUCUGUCUGGUCUGGAUGUUCUCGAUGCUCUGGAUGUUGUGGACAAGCCCAGUUUAAUCGAGUGGAUUUAUUCCCUGCAGGUUCUUCCCACCGAAGACAAGUCCAAUCUCAGUCGCUGUGGCUUCCGUGGAUCCUCACACAUCGGCGUUCCCUACAACAGCUCGAAGGGCCCCGGGGCUCCUCACACGUAUGACAGCGGUCACGUGGCCAUGACCUACACGGGCCUGGCGUGUCUGCUGAUCCUGGGAGACGAUCUGAGCCGUGUGUGUAGAGAGGCGGUGAUGAGCGGACUGAGAGCGCUGCAGCUGGACGACGGCAGCUUCUACGCUGUUCCUGAAGGAAGUGAGAACGACAUGAGGUUUGUGUACUGUGCCGCCUGCAUCUGCUUCAUGCUGGACGACUGGUCAGGAAUGGACCGCCAGAGAGCCAUCGAUUACAUCCGGAGGAGCAGCUCGUAUGACAGCGGCAUCGGUCAGGGAGCCGGACUCGAGUCUCACGGCGGAUCCACCUUCUGUGCCGUGGCAUCUCUGUGCAUGAUGGGAAAGCUGCAGGAGGUGUUCAGCGAGCGAGAGCUGAAGCGGAUCCGGCGCUGGUGCAUCCUCAGACAGCAGACGGGCUUCCACGGACGACCCAACAAACCUGUGGACACCUGCUACUCCUUCUGGGUCGGAGCCACGCUGGAGCUCUUAGAUGUGUUCCAGUACACCGACUUCGAGAAGAACCGCAGCUACAUUCUGUCCACACAGGACCGUUUGGUGGGCGGCUUCGCUAAAUGGCCCGACAGUCAUCCAGACCCUCUCCACACGUACUUCGGGAUCUGUGGUCUGUCUCUGAUGGGAGAAGCGGAGCUGCAGAAGGUGCAUCCGGCUCUGAACAUCAGCGUCCGAGCGUUCGAGAGUCUGCAGCAGCUUCACGAGGCGUGGAGACAGAAGAGCACGUGACCACGAGAGCCCACACCAGCGCUUCAAAUCACUUAUUAAAGGUUCGUUUUGGCCCCGUCUUCAUCCUAACUCGUCAGUGUCUGAUUAUUAGUUUCUGCCUUACAGAGGAACCGAAGAACUCUCGUACAGACCAGCUGAUCCUGGACUAUCAUUCACUGUUUAUUUCUGUUCUACCCUUUAUAUAUAUAUCUUAUUCUUUCUGAGAAAUCAUCAUCCUCUCUUGAAUGUGCCUCAGAUGUCUUUAGGUUGUUUCGGUGUAAGCUAUAAACACACAGCGUCUCUGCAGAAGACACUUGAAUGUGUGUUUCAAGGAUCAAAUCAUGAAAUUAUUUUUUCUAUACUCUAAUAUCAAGUGUAGAAGUGACAGUCAGCUCAUAUUUUAUGAUGUAAAGCUGAAGUGCUGAACUGAUGGACUGCGAGUGUCAAUAAAUAAAGAGCUUUUAUCAUGUCUGGGAAAUAAGCGUUUAUGACGCUGAGACUUGCAUAUUUAAUAAAUGUUAAAUAAAGGAAUCGAGUUUUCAA